GUGUUUAUUAGGGGAAGGAGGGCGGAGGCGGAGGCCAGUUCCCCAGUUCCAGUCGCCGUCGCCUGCACGUUUGCAGCCGCCGCCGCCUCCCAGCCAGCCGCUCACCCAAGGAAAAGGGAACGCGCGCGAGCUCGGGCGUCACCGCCCCAGUCUUUCCCCGGCACCAUGAACCCUAACUGCGCCCGGUGCGGCAAGAUCGUGUAUCCCACGGAGAAGGUGAACUGUCUGGAUAAGUACUGGCAUAAAGCAUGCUUCCACUGCGAGACCUGCAAGAUGACGCUGAACAUGAAGAACUACAAGGGCUAUGAGAAGAAGCCCUACUGCAAUGCACACUACCCCAAGCAGUCCUUCACCAUGGUGGCUGACACUCCGGAAAACCUCCGCCUCAAGCAACAGAGUGAGCUGCAGAGUCAGGUGCGCUACAAGGAGGAGUUUGAGAAGAACAAGGGUAAAGGCUUCAGCGUGGUGGCAGACACACCUGAGCUGCAGAGAAUCAAGAAGACCCAGGACCAGAUCAGCAAUAUCAAAUACCACGAGGAGUUUGAGAAGAGCCGCAUGGGGCCUAGUGGAGGUGAAGGUGUGGAACCAGAGCGCCGAGAACCCCAGGACAGCGGCAGCUACCGGAGGCCACCGGAGCAGCAACAGCCACAGCCUCACCACAUCCCAGCUAGUGCCCCAGUUUACCAGCAGCCUCAACAACAGCAGCUGACUCAGUCCUAUGGUGGCUACAAGGAGCCCGCAGCCCCUGUCUCCAUACAGCAGCGUAGUGCCCCAGGUGGCGGCGGGAAACGGUACCGCGCAGUGUAUGACUACAGUGCUGCCGACGAGGACGAGGUCUCCUUCCAGGACGGGGACACCAUCGUCAAUGUGCAGCAGAUCGAUGAUGGCUGGAUGUAUGGGACCGUGGAGCGCACUGGCGACACAGGGAUGCUGCCAGCCAACUACGUGGAGGCCAUCUGAGCCCCGUGCUGUCCCACCCUCUUCUUCAGUGCAUUCCAUGGCAUCACAUCUGUCCUGGGGCCUGACCCGUCCACCCUUCAGUGUCUCUCUGUCUUCUAAGAUCCGCCACUGCUUCAUCCCUGCCCCUCCUCCAGCUUCUUUUGCCACCCCACGCCUUGUUCUGCCACUGCCCCGGCUCCUUCCUCUGGCAGGUUUUCCCUUGGACCAACCGACUGAUUUUUCUCUCUGGAUGGAACAGGCUGGGCACUCUGGGGAGGGCAGGGCUGUUCUGGGGAGGCUGGGCUCACAGGGCUGGGCUGAAAUAGGAGACCCAUUAAAGAGAUUGGAUAGGCAGGGCAUAGUGGCACAUACCUUUAAACCCAGCACGUGGGAGCCAGAGACAAACAGAUCUCUGAAUUCAAGGCUGGCCUGGUCUACAUCUUGAGUUCCAGGACAGCCAGAUGAGACCCUGUCUUAGGGAAGGGAGGGUUGGUUAGCCCCCCAACUUCACUUCCUGCCUUAGCCCCUCAGAACACCUGGCCUAGCUCCCCUGAUACUCUGUAUCCUAGGGUGAGCCCCAUACUCCUUAUGCCUCCAGGUGGUGUUCCACCCAUUCCCAGAGGGUAGGUAUUGAAGCCUCAGUUAUGUCGGGACCAAUGUGAUGAGUCUACCUUUCUGCUAGUCCUCCCUCCUGACCCAGUACGCGUUCCUUCACACGCUGAGCGUGCCGUCCUGCCCACGCAAACCUAGGAUGGCCAGAGAGCUCCUCAGGAGGCACAGCUUGGGUCAAGUUCUUGCCUUAGUUUUAGGGGCAGCAGCGGGAAGGAGGGAACAGGGUGUUCUCCCCAGGCCUAUUUCUCCCAUCCCCCAGCUCCAGGGACUCUCUUUAUCUCCCUGGCUGGGACCUGCUGUGAAGGCUAAAGCAAGGGAUGCCUUUGCAACUUGAGUUAACUGGGUUGUUCCUUCCUGCUCCCCUGGGAAGAGGUCUUUAUGUCUCCUAUGGCCUUCCUUCCACAAGGCUGGAUGGGGCUUGGGGCUUACAAAGCCAGAGAAUGAAAACAGUCUCCUGGACGCACAGGAGGGAGGCUCCAUCCUUUUGCUCACUCACUGGGGAGGUGGGAGAAGGCUUUCCUCUCCUUGUGUCUGAGUCUACAGAGUAGGGUAAGACCAAGUCACCCACACCGUACCAACUCCCUUGGGGCUUUCCUGUCCCUUGGAGCGGGAGAGUUCCAAAGCUGGCGGCACCAUCUCUGGACUGGUGCUAAACUCAGGUUCCUCCUUUGUACCUGGGGCCUGGGACAGUCCUCACUCAGCUUCAUUCAUCUCUGAGUUCUCUUGUCGCCUCUCCUGGGUCCCCCGACUCUCAUCUUCACUCAGAGUCUCUUAUCAGGUCUCUUAGCACACAGACCCUGUUGCAGGUGCGAUUUGAACCUGAAGGCAUUGGUCAGGUCACUGAUGCAAGGGUCAAGACAACCUGUGAGGGCUUGCUAGAUUAGUAAGGAGCUACCCUCCUGCCUGGCCAAUCCCCUUUCCUGUGUGCAGCUUGGGGAGGCUGUGGGUGUAUACCAGGAGCCCCUGGGAAGGUGCCAGUCUACUCCAUUUCCCUUUGAUCUCAAAGCACAAGGAGGUUCUGGGGACCAGAGGUCAGGGACUCUCGCUCUUGGAGGGCCUGUGCUUGGGAGGUGCCACAGCCUGAUUCCAGUCAGCUGAAUUUCCCUUCCCAACAUUGCUCUUCUACCCCCCUAGAAAUGGGGGAGACGCUCACACCCACAGAGGGAAGAGGAUCUGUCUAUUGGUGCUGAGGGCCCCAGCUGGAGUCCAUAUUCUUUUCCAGAAGCAUCCACCCCUAGAAGAGCACAGGAUCCCCAAGCCCACGGUCUCUUCCUUCGUAAAGGUCUUUCAGCCAAUCAAAACCCAGGGGGGAAAAAGGCACCUUGGCUAGACUGUGAACUUAACUUUUGUGGGUCAAUCCUGCAAUGCCAGAAGUCCCACGGUGAGGGAUGUGAAUUCUCCCCACACUGCUUCCUGUUUUCCCGCCCUCAUGUCCCUCCAGGGAGCGUUUUAUUUGUUAAUAGCUGGACACAAGACAAAAGUACCACCCCACAAAGCCUGUAUUUAAAAGGAAACAGAAGUGACCCGUGAAAUUCGCCUCUGUCCGACAUUCCAUCUGUGUGUGUGUGUGUCUGUGUGUCUGUGUGUGUGAACUGCCCACUCAUCUUUUAUAUGGAGUUGUCAUCUUUCUUUGGUCUGUUUGGUCCCCUCCCUCCCGGCCUUGCACUCGGGAUCAGUUCUUUCUGGCCUGUUAUGAUUCUGAACAUUGACUUGAACCACAAAGUGAAUCUUUAUCCUGGUGACGCAAAUAAAAGUCUAAUUUUUACCUGA